AUGUUGCGCAAAGGAUCUCCACACAUCACGAGCGUAUUCUCUCGAUACGUUUCACUCAAUGCCAAAAAGAGAUUCAUGCAGACGGUGCCGGCCACUGCCAAAAGAUCGCCGGUUGCUAGAUUCGGCAGCAGUUUCGGGUCCAGUGAUUUGGCCACAAAGUGGGCCGAGGAGCAAACAAACCUACCCAGAUGGGCCAGCCAUGGGCUCAAGACGCCUCAGCCGGUAAAGGAAACGAAGCCGCCACAGCAGGAGGAGAUUACGAUAUCGCUUCCAACUGCUCCUAAGCAGAACACAGCAUCUACCACCUCAAACGAACAGAAUACCACAAUAAGCGCAGAAGAGCUUGCUGCUAAGGUUGUGAAACAAAAAGCUGAAGCUGCAGUUGAGGCUUCUCCACAAAAGACCGAGGUGAAGGAGAAAAAGCCCAGACGUCAGUUGCGCCCAAGAAAGGCUCUCAUAACGUUGACUGAUAGUGCAGUUGACCAUCUCCGAGCAUUGCUUGAUCAACCGGAGCCACAACUUAUCCGUAUUGGUGUCAAGAAUAGAGGAUGUUCUGGACUCACGUAUCACUUGGAGUACGUCAACGAGGCAGGAAAAUUCGACGAGACAGUGGAGCAAAAUGGUGUCAAGGUAUUGAUUGACUCAAAGGCCUUGUUCUCGAUUGUCGGCUCCGAGAUGGACUGGCUAGACGAUAAGUUGUCGCAACGGUUUGUGUUCAAGAAUCCAAACUCCAAGGGUACUUGUGGUUGCGGAGAGUCUUUCAUGGUAUAA